UCCUUCCCAAAUACCCACAACAAAACCUUACGACCCAUCAUCGACAUGUUCUCUCAAAAACUUCUAGCCUGUCUUCUCAUUCUCACGACGGCUUCGCUGUCCGUUAUCGCUCAAGACACGAGUAGUUUGUCUGCUACGGAUACCGGAACCUCUAUUUCUAGCACUGCUACGAAUACAGGGAGUGUUAGUGGAUCGGGUACUGCAGCGACUGGCGGCUCUACUACCGGGAGCGGAACUGCUACUGGUACAGACACUGGUGCAGGAACAGCCACUGGUACCGGUACUACUGAUACUAGCCUGCCAACCGGAACUGAUACGGGUGCUGGUACUGGAACCGGCACUGGAGCUGGUGGCGCUGGUACGGGUACGGGCACGGGCACGGAUACUGGGGCUACUGGAACUGCAACGAACAGUGGGACACUGACGAACAGCGGCACAGGAACUGGCUCGCCAUCUGCCCAAACCGGUGGAGCUCUGAGUAACACUCCCUUCGGAGCGACCGAUCCAGGUUCUAUUUAUAGAGCUGUAGCAGUGGUUGCGUUCGCUGUUGUUGGUGGUGUGGCUGCUUUCUAA